GUACCUGUGUACAGCCUCUGGGGGGAUGUAUUUCUUGGCGAGACUCCCUCGUCAGACCCGACAUCCGAAUCGGCGUGAUGCUUUGGCUUCGCGUCGGAGUUUCUUGAGACUCCCCGCAGCAGUCUGGCCCAGAAAAGAAUAUAUAAAUGUGUUGGUGGCAGUCCAAGAAGAACAACGAAUAUAUAAAUUUCAGGCCCUCAGCUCUAUCUCUCCUCAGUGCCUUCAAGACACCGACUUAUUAAACCUACUACAACGUGGUACGUUGCACCCACCACUCGCCAACAUGAAGUCUCUCACAGCCGUAGUCGCUUUGCUGUCGAGCACACUGGUGGCAGCCAACCCUAUCGAACUUGAAGCUCGUCAGGAUGUAGUCACCACCAGACUUCCUGCGUUCUGCACGUUCCGCCCGACAGCUACAGUUACAGCGACAACAGGCUGUCCCACAACGUGCACGAACGCCGGACUGUGCUUUGCUGAUGCGGCUGUGACGUUGGAAUGCGGCUGCCCGAGGAUGGCUGUGUCGCCCACCACGACGACUGUCUGUCCCACCGAGACAGUGUGCACCAACUGCCAGACCGGCUGGGGAAUCAUCACUAUCACACCGACUGGCUGCCUCAAAAAUGUGACACCGGUUCCUCUCCCGUCGCCUAUCGACGAAUACUAAGCGCUGAGGCGCUGACGUGAAGGAGGGGUGGGACGAUUUAUGGAUCCUAACCAAGUCGUCUGACGCCGCUGUGAGGGGCCUUGGGGGCUUUUUUUCCUCUUCGGGCACCGAGUUCGAUCCAGAUGAGUUAGUACAGCUACGAAAUAGAAAUGGACCUCGGGAUGAUGAGAAAGGCAUUCUUCUCACCGAAUUCAAUAAUCAUGACGGAAGAACCCAUGGAUGGGAGCAAUCAUACCUAGGUAGUCAGAAAACUCUGCAUACCGAGGGCUCGUAUCAGCAUUGGCGCGCCUGAUGAGGAUUUAAAUAACGUACAUUUUUCACUCUCGCCGACCGUGCUAGUGUAAAUGCUCCUGCAUGUCGGUCGUGGCCCUGCAUAUGCGUUCGCCUCAACGCCCAGGUGGGGGGCCCGGGGAGAUCCAGCCCUAGCUUCCAG